AUGGCCGACGUCCCAAAGACCUGCAAGGUCAUCCUUGCCGACAGCAUCGCCAAGAACCUCUUGACCGAGGUGCAGGACACCCGCGAGACGUUCCUGAAGGAGAAUGGCAUUGACCGGCAGCUGUGCCUGGCUGCAUUUUUGGCCAACGACGACCCGGCUGCCGUCAAGUACGCCGAGUGGUCGCAGAAGACGUGCCAGGAGAAUGGCUUCGCCUUUGAGCUGCACCGCGUCGAUAAGGAUGCCCUCGAGGAGGCCAUCAUGGCCGCCAACUCCGACGCCGCCGUCGACGGCAUCAUUGUCUACUACCCCAUCUUCCCGGGCAACCCGACGCACGACCGCUACAUCCAGGAGACGGUCUCGCUCGAGAAGGACGUCGAGGGCCUCUGCCACCGCUACCUGUCCAACAUGUACCACAACAUCCGUUUCCUGGACGCGCCCGCCAACCAGCUCAAGUCCAUCCUGCCCUGCACGCCGCUGGCCGUCGUCAAGAUCCUGGAGCACCUGCACGUCUACAACACUGUCAUCCCCUACGGCAACCGCCUCUAUGGCAAGACCAUUACCGUGAUCAACCGCUCCGAGGUCAACGGGCGCCCGCUGGCGGCGCUGCUCGCCAACGACGGCGCCACGGUCUACUCGGUGGACCUGACGGGCACGCAGGUGUUUACGCGCGGCAAGGGCAUCCGCCAACCGCGCCAUCAGGUGCUGGACAAGGGCCCCGAGUUUGGUCUGGAGCAGUGCCUGCCGCUGUCGGACGUUGUCAUUGGUGGCGUGCCGGCCGAGGGCUUCAAGGUGCCGACGGAGCUGCUGCGCGACGGUGCCGUGUGCAUCAACUUUUCGUCGUUUCGCAACUUUGAUGGUCCCGCCGUCAAGGAGAAGGCGUCCAUCUACGUGCCGUCGGUCGGCAAGGUGACGAUUGCUGUUCUUCUGCGGAAUCUUGUCCGCCUCGCAGCGAACAGCCGGGCCACGGCCAAGAAGGAGUAA